AAUUUUUACUAAAAAGAUAUUUUCGGCACCAAAAUGCUACAUUGAUACGCUAAUUAAUCAUAAUAUAUUUAUAACCUCGUGUUAAUAAAUAAUAAUCGAACGCGGCUGAAUCUACAAGUUCGCAGCUUGAGGCAACUGACAGACACAGAUAAUAUUGAUAUUCGUGUUAUGGAUUCUCUAGCUCUAGAAGUUGGUGAUUGUGUCAUCAUUCAAAUACUGCACUCAGGCCACGGACGUGAAGAAGGAUCGGAAGGAGUUGAAGCAGCAGCAGUGCCUAAAACUUGUGUAAUUUGGCUAGCGUGUUCGAAGAAGCUGAAUUAUAUCGACCACACGGUUAGGGACCUGGAAAAAGGAACUGCAAUCACAAAGCUGAAACUCCGAUCAAACAUCACGAACAAGGAUGCGUUAUCAGUCAUUGAUAAAUUGGCAGAAGAGUUUACUACCAAUCAUCUAACUCUGACCAAAAUCGGUGUCGUCGACCAUCAAUAUUUUAUGGAGAAAAUAUAUGAUGGCAUAAUGGAAAACAUCAGGAACUACGAAGAGUAUCUGAUGGGAGUCGAGGUUGCAUACCACACACCGACCAAACAGCAUCCAUCCAACCAAAGACACUCAAGGCACAGCACAGGCAGCAGGAAAUAAUAUUUUUCCAAAGAAGCUCGAGCCCAAUAGAUGUGAUGGUAGACCUUGUGGACAGACGAACUCUAAAAAUAUGGCAACAUAUGCAAAAAGUGUAUGCCAAUCUAGAGCUCAGCAGAUAUGAUCCUUGAGUAUAAAGACAAGUGGAUUUUCCUGUGGAAGAAAGUCCAGUCAACGAAAUUUGCCUUUGAUAUCGAUGAGAUCGAUGAGUUAAAAUGCAAUGUCACCAUACUCACAAGAAAACUAAGAAGAGUAGGUGACAUGCAAAAUAUAAAAGAAGACGUUCUAGUGGAUCUU